AUGAGAUAUUGCGAGUUCAGGGCAUUCGAAUUCAGAAUAAAAUACAAAAAACCAAGAAGACAACAGCUGCAUCAUCUGAGCACUCUUCUCUCCCUGAUUGGAUUCAUCGUUCCUUUCAGUUCCACUUUCCAGAUCCCUUCUGUAUAUCCUUCAAGACAAACGCAAUACCGUCCAUUUCAGGAGGCUCAGGUACAAUUCAAGCGAUCCAGCAGCCACAAGCCGAAGGGUCUCUUCUCUUCAUCAGACAUUAGUGAUUUCAUCGAAUCAGACAGCAUCUUAGGAGACGAAGACGAGGACGAAGAAUACGAUCCAAUCAUGAGCCUCUUUUGGCCAUCGCGUAGAGACCCGAAUCAGGCCGAUGGUGACAUUGAAACGGAAGACGAAGAGCGCAUCCAGCAUCAACAAAAUCAAAACCGCAUCUUUGAUUCCAUCAUUAAGGUUUAUGCUACCCAUAAAGAACCAGAUCUAAUCAUGCCAUGGCAAUCGAAACAUCCAGUGACUUCCACGAGUUCUGGAUUUGUCAUUGAAGGGAAUCGAAUCAUGACCAAUGCUCAUUCUGUCGAGUAUGCGACCAUGGUCCAAGUUCAGAAACGAGGGGAUCCGACGAAAUAUCUAGCCGUCGUAGAAGAAAUAGCGAAUGAGUGUGACCUUGCAAUCUUGAACGUCUUGGAGGAAGUGGUUGACGACGACGAUGAGGAAUUCAAUCUGAGCAUGGAAAUUGAAAGUCAAGGCGGGACCAGUGGCGAUGAGGAAAUGAAAAAUGGCGAAUCCAAUGGUAUCGAAAACCAAGAGCCAGUAGAAAAGAGCCACCAUAAGGAGUUUUGGGCUGGCUUGGACGAUCAGCCACUCCAAUUUGGAUCUUUGCCCGAGCUUCAACAAGAAGUUGAAGUGAUUGGGUACCCGCAAGGAGGAAAUGGUUUGAGUAUUACGAGUGGAGUUGUAUCCCGGGUGGAGCUACAAGAAUAUGCUCAGUCUGGAAUGCACUUGUUGGCGAUUCAAAUUGACGCCGCAAUCAAUUCUGGAAACUCGGGAGGGCCUGUUGUGAAUGAUGAAGGUCAGAUUGUUGGGGUUGCGUUUCAAUCGUUAGAUCAAGCUGAAAACAUUGGAUACGUCGUUCCAGUCACAAUCGUUCAGCACGUUCUGGAGGAUGUUAGACGAAAUGGAAAGUACACUGGUUUCUGCCGUCUCGGUACUCAAUCUGCCUAUUUGGAAAAUCCAAGCAUUCGAGAGUACCUAAAGCUGCCAAAGCGAUUUCGCGGGGCUGGUAUGAUGGUUCGAGAGUGUUAUCCCACUUGCUUUGCUAAAGACUACUUGAAGCCCAAUGACGUUAUCAUAUCUGUGGAUGGCAUUCCAGUCGCACAAAAUGGAAACAUACCCUUUCGACAAGGCGAACGGGUCUCCUUGACGUCUUAUAUUCAAACCAAGUUCAUCGGUGAUAAGCUCGACUUGGAAGUUUGGAGGAAGGAUGGAGAGACGAAAAAGUCAAGCCUUCAAAACAUUGAAGUCCCCGUAUCUCCAAACGUCAGUUUGGUUCCGCAACACUGGAACAACAAAUUUCCACCUUAUCUGAUCAUGGCUGGCUUUGUAUUCGCCCCUCUCAGUAUACCAUACCUAGAAGCGUGCGAUGCAUGGGGUGACUACAUUUCCGCCUCUAUCAGCAACCUGUUGGGGUUCGUGCGAAAGCCGCAACAAGAAGAGGGGGAAGAGGUUGUGAUAUUGGUCCAAGUGUUGGCUCAUCCUUUGAAUCUUGGAUAUGAUCAACUCUGUGACAUUCAGCUCAGCACUUUUAACAAUGUCAAGGUGAAAUCUUUAAAGCAUUUGAAUGAACUCAUUGAAGAAUGCAGAAAAGAACCUGCCAAUGAUGACAAUGAAUUCAUCACACUCGAAUUCGGUCAGAAGGGGAAUCUCGUCAUACUGAAGCGAAGUGCCAUUCCUUCGGCCACCAGGCAAAUCUGCAAGCAAUUUUCAAUAAAGAAACCAUACUUUGAUGCUAGAAUGCCAUGA